AACCAGCAAUAAAAGCGCUUACAGGAACAGUUUGCAGAAGAGCCAUAAAAAUGGUGAUAGCUAAAAUAUACUGAUCUGUUUACCUCAGUAAAGAGCCACAUAGCUUUCCGCGUUGCUUACUGGAACUGAAGAACAUAUUCUUCUUGACAUGGCAUAUAACCAAAUGCAUCAGCUUUUAUAUAUUAUUCACAUUUUGGGUAGCCAGAACUAGAAACUACCAGCAUGAUUCUACAACAUAUGGAUAACACCACAGUUUUGGAUAGUACUAACACCACUCCUCUGAACAAUGGCACCAUCCGUGUAGACCACAUUGAAGAGAUCAUCAGAUGGAUCUCAUUUGCUGUUGGGCUUCCUGGCAUCGGCUUUUCUAUCUACCUCAUGGGCAUGCAAGCAAAAACUGGCAAGGCUGCUCCUGUCUACCUAAUAAGCCUUCUCGCAUCCGAUAUCUUCAACAUCCUUGGGCGACCAAAAACAUCUGCAGAGGAUGCUCAGAAAACCAGUUUGCAGACUACAGACAUAUCCUCCCUGAUAUUCUACUUUGGGAUCAUAUCCAACAUUGUGUUCAUGGUCUGUGUUGCUCAGGAGCGAUAUCUGUUGGUAACCUGUCCACGAUAUAAUGCCUUCUGCAUGAAACUCAAGCAGUCGAGCAUGAUUUCAUUGGCCGUGUGGGCAGCUCCAUUUGCAAUACUUUUCCUGGCGUACCAAGGAUAUAUCAUCUUAUUCUCCAUAGCUCUUCUUCUCCCACUACCCUUCCUGGGGUUUUUCUUUUUGGAUUCUUUUAGAGCCUUGUGGUGUACAAGAUGGCCAGCACCUGUGACUAACAGAAACAAGAUUCUGGGUAUGCAGGGGGUCAUCUUGUGUAAUUAUAGCAUGCUUUACCUUCCCUUUAUCCUAAAUACUCUGCUCAAAGCAUUGGCUUUAAGUUCUUAUGUAUACUACUUGGGACUUGUAUCUGAUCUUCUUCUCUAUCUUGGCCCACUGGUGGACCCAUUCCUCUCAAUCUUCCUUACAAAUGGAAUUGGUGACAUUUUGAAGGCCUUUCCCUGCUGUGCGAGGAAAAACACACAGGAGGAAACCGAGUCUGUGAAUACAGACACUGUGGAAACAGUAUCUGGGAUCUUAACGCGGCUGUGAGAAAAUUAAAAUUGAACUAAUAAGAGUUAUUUUGAUUGUUAGCAUUUUACAGCU